GAGUGAAUUAGAUCAACCUUUGAUUUGUAGAACAACAAACCCUACUGUCAGAGCGACAUAAUAUAAUACAUAACAUAAUAAGCAUCUUCUCAGAAACAUCGAUAGAGUUGAAAAUUCAAUACUUAAAUAUAUAGCGAUAUAAAACAAUUUAUCAACUUGCAUACUAAGUAAACAAAGUGAAGUAAGUAAGCAAGUGCAAAGAAAUCAAAUUCUCUGUGUUAAUCAAACGCACUACAGAUGUGGAAGAUAGUAAAAAACAACUGAAGAAUCCUGGAAGAAAAGAUAAACAAGAAGAAGAAGAAUCCCAAUCCUGAGAAUGGGUGGAGACUUGAGCAUUCCGGCAGCUGCUGUGCCGAUCUGUGGAGCUAACGUUAAGGAAAUGACUGCAAAGCAAACAUCUAAACCGUUUCAGAGAACAGUAAAAACGUAACAGGAGAUAAAAGUGAAGAGAAAAUCAUAUAUCUAUAUAAACUGCUGAAGGAGACCAUGGAACUAGGACAGUAUAUAAUUAUUUGGAUUUGUGCAGUGAAUGUAGUUUGGGCAUGUCCCCCGUCAUGCCAGUGUAACAACACCAAUACCGUUUGCAUGGGCUAUGGCUUAAAAGACUUCCCAUCCUCUCUUCCAACAACAACAAAGUCUAUACAUAUUUCAUAUACUAACAUAUCCUCACUGAAACCUGCUGAUAUUGAUGCAUUUUCUGCGACUCUGACAAAAUUUGUUGUCAAUAAUUCAAGGAUCAGGGAGGUGCAACCUCACACAUUUGACAAGACGCGUAAGCUCACCACUUUAGUUUGUUCAGGAACUGAACUGGAUUCACUACCAGAGGACCUGUUUCAGAAUCUCCUCUCCAUCACAGUGCUGAUGCUGAAUAACAACAAACUGAAUAAACUCAAUUCGUCGAUGCUUCGUCCUCUUCGGUUAUUGAAAAUUUUAGACUUAAGCAAAAAUAACUUGAGUUCUAUUCCAGAGGAUGCGUUCCAGGGUCUAAUUCACCUGGAUAAGCUCAUGCUACAGAGAAAUGGCAUCAGGGAACUGCAGAAUGGAACAUUCCAUGGACUUAGCAGGCUUAAAUACUUGUACCUUCAAAAUAACCACCUAAAUGUGAUACCAUAUAAUGCAUUUGAUGACCUGGUUAAUCUGGACACUUUGCAUCUGCAAAACAAUGUUAUCACAAACUUACCAGCAGAACUUUUUGCUCAUCAGCAGAAGCUCCAGAAACUCUACCUCUCUAAUAAUAAGUUGUCUUUCCUUCAGGAAGGCAUCUUCUUGAAUCUCUCUAAUCUACAACACAUCUCACUUUACCACAACCACUUACGGAGUCUGUCAAUUAACACCUUUGGGCCCAUGUUACUGAAGGAGCUGUGGCUGUAUGACAACAUGUUAACCCGGCUUGAGGAUAAUGUGUUUAGCAAUUUAACCCAUUUGCGACUUCUAGUGUUGAGCAGAAACCAGAUCUCACAUAUCACUUCUGGUGUUUUCAAUGGUUUGAAUGAGCUAGAAGAAAUUUCUUUGCACACUAACUGCCUGACGAGCCUCGAUGAAAGAGUGUUCAGCGGCCUUCUGAAACUGGUCAAAAUAUCAUUGGAAAACAACAAAAUUCUGUCCAUCCCAGAGAAUCUUCUUGAUGGUAUUCCUAACUUAAACCAUCUGGAGCUUCAGAACAACUCUCUAUCCUCAUUACCAAAGAAAUUUCUAGACACCUUAACCAAUGUUCACAGUGUGAUGUUAACCGAAAAUCCAUGGAGGUGUGACCAUGACAUUUUACCACUUCAAGAGUGGUUAAAGAAAUAUCCAGAUAAAGUCAGAAAUGUCACAUCCCUUGUUUGCUUUAGUCCUUUAGACUUGAAAAACAUAAGUAUAAUAACGCAUACUUUCAGUAAUCCCCUUCAAAUAUCCAUUCAUACACCCGCAGGUAACUCAACAGUACUCUUGGAGAAAGAAGAGCUCAUCACUGGUUCACGGGAACUGCAUAUGAUCAUCAUUGCGGUAGUUUGCACUGUAGUCACUGUUAGUAUUAUCAUCUGUGUUGUGUGCUGGAGCAGGAACAAACAGGACAGUCAAAAAACUGUAAAAUAAUGAGUUAACAUAAGACUACAACCACAUACAAUGAACUGAAUAACAUUUAUUAUCUCGCUACAAUCUCACCUUUCAAAGAUGGCAUCAUGCAAGGCUCAUGGAAAAUCAGUUCCCAUGCUGAUUCUUGUCCACAACUAAAAAUACGUACAAUGAGCAAGUGAAUAUUAAAAUUGGACUGUGGAACGAUGGAAGACGGUGGCCAGGUUUGUUAAUCAUGUUUUCUUUUACAACAUGUGGACAGCCAAACCUGGGGAAGAGAUUAUACCGGGAUACACUAUGGGAAGAAGACAAGCCAACGGAGGUGCUGUGAUGCUCCGAGAAAUGUUCGGCUGGAAAUCGUGGAUCAUCACAUUGAUGUGAAUGUUACUUUGACAUGUACCAUCUACCUCAAAAUCGUUGCAGACCAAAUAAACCUCUUCGUUGCAACAGAAUUGUGUAAUGGCAGUAGUCUCUUUCAGCAGGAUAAUGCACUCAAACACACUGUCAAUUGUUCAGGAAUGGUUUAAGAAACAUAAAGUUUACAAGGUAGUGAAUUGGCCUCCAAAUUCCACAGAUCUUAAUUUGAUCAAGUAUCUCUGGGAUGUGCAAGAUCAGACAGACAAGUCUGAUUCACGGAUCCAUGCGACUUGGCAACAUGAUACAACAACACACCUUCAGAGAUCUUGUAGUGACCAUGCCUUGAUGGGUCACAACUAUGUUGGCAACACAAAGGACACCUACAGACAGAUGGUUUUGAUGUUAUGGAUAACUCGUACAUAUCUCAUUUAAAAGAAACCUCAUGUAGUUACAUUACCUAAUUAUUUUCUAUAUGCUUUAAAAUAUAUGAAAAUUGUGCAUAGGUUUUGUGGACGCUAAUACAUGUAGUAUGCUUAGUUUUGUGAAAUGGAUUAAACUAACAUGAUGAAUUCUUAUCAACACUCAUGCUGUCAUUUGUAUUUACUCUAAGCUUUAGAUAUCAGAAAAAGUUCCUUCCAGCCUUCUAAUUAAAGAAUAGAAUUCUGUGUAACACAAUUACAAAUACUA